AGUUACGCCCUGACCGCAGCAAAGCGGCUCCACUUCCGGUCGGCCGCUCCCUGUGAAACACACCGUGCUCCCCCGCCGGUGACGCAACAAGCGGGACCUUGUGGGUGUCGGCCGUGUCGUGCAGCCCCUCCCCCGCGUAGGAAACGCGCAGUGACGUAGAGAAACCAGCGCAGACGGAUCCGUUGCUUUUGACCGAGAUCCCUGAUACCGCCUGUUGUUCACAGAAACUAGAAGUGCCUUGCCCCGGUCCUGCCGCAUCAAUCUGCCCGUCUGAGGUGACUGCAGGGCGGCGAGCGGAGACACAGCUCCCGGGAGACGCGGUGUUAGGCAUGGCUGAGCUGUUGAGGCUGUUGCUGCGCGUGGCUGAGAAAGCGGCUAACGUGGCUCGGGUGUGCAGGCAGGAGGCUCCGCUGUUUCAGCUCCUCGUGCAAGAGAAGACGGGAGAUGACAAGAACAAGAAGUUCGUCCAGGACUUCAAGACGCUCGCCGACGUGGUGAUCCAGGAGAUGAUCCGACAUGAUGUCGGCACUCAGUUUCCUGAAAUGGCUGACUUCAUUCAUGGAGAGGAGUCCAACAAGUUUGAGAAUGGGCUUGGAGAGAGCGUGAUUGUCACGGUGUGCGGUACGGAGGAGGAGACCGCGGCGCUGCUGGCCACGGUGCUGGACGGCGACCGCACGGCGGCGUCUCUGCUUGCUCGAGCCAUCCACCAAAACCCUGCGACCUCUGACGCCAGCACAGAGGGUCUGACGGUGCCCCUCAGCCCCUCCGAGCUCGGCAUCUGGAUCGACCCCAUAGAUGCCACCAGUCAGUACAUAGAGGGCCGAGAGGAGGUGCUGGAGGAGGGUCACCUGUUUCCUUCAGGUCUGCACUGUGCUUUGGUUCUGAUCGGGGUUUACCUCCGGAGCACAGGCGAGCCCGUCAUGGGCGUCAUCAACCAGCCGUUCAACUACAAAGAUCCCUCAAAUGGACGCUGGAGGGGGAAACACUUCUGGGGCGUGUCCUGUGGCGACAUUAACAUCUGCUCGCUGUCGCGGCCCAAAUGUGGAUCAGGAAAGGGACGAGGCCUCUCAGCGGUGCUGAGCUCCAGUGAGAAGCAGGUGGUGAAGGAAUCCUUGACUUCACUGUGCGGCCCUGAGAAGCUCAUGUAUGCCUCCGGAGCCGGCUACAAGAUCCUGUGUGUCAUCCAGGGCCUCGCUGACGUCUACGUCCUCUCAGAGGGCAGCACCUUUAAGUGGGACUCCUGUGCUCCCCACGCCCUGCUCCGAGCCCUCGGAGGGGGAGUGGUGGACCUGAGUAAGAGUCUGCAGUCUGCCUCUGAAGCACAGGAUGGCCAGGCAGAACUGACCUAUCACCAGUCUCAAACUGAGUGUAAAGGAGCUGACCGCUGGGCCAACCAGGGAGGCCUGGUGGCGUAUCGAGACUGUUCUCAGCUCCACAGCAUCCUCGCAGCUCUGAAAGGGAAGUUGUUGUAAAGAGUGGAUCUGAUCAUCAAACGCUGAAGCAGUUAUUGUCACAUAUAUGAUCAUAUAAAUGUUUUUCUAUGAUAGAGAAGAGGUUUUCUGUGAAGGAUGAAAUAUUUUAACUAUAAGUAAUACUCUUAUUUUUAACCAGAUAUAAAUAUAUAUAUGCAAGAGUAUAUUUUACUUCAGGUCUGGGCCAAAUAAUAUUCGCAAAUACUGUUUUAUUUUCAAUCAUUAUCAGAGGUUCCCAAAAUGGAGGUCAGCCCCGUUUGGAUGGAAAACGUUUGGCAGAAGAAAACUUGAAUUAAUCUAAUUCCUUUGGAAACGAUGCUGACGUGAUGUGAGACAAAAUGAUUGGAAAGCAAAAUGACCUGUGUUGUACAAUAAUUCUGUUUUUAAAGGGAAUUAAACAUGUCAGUUCAACCAGGA